AUGUCGAGUCUCUUCGAAGAGCAGCGCCUUGAGAAUCUGCUGAGAGAGUGUGCCGAUAGACAGGCUGGCCUCACAUUCUACAGAAGCAUCGACGCACCACCAGAGUACUUGAGUUAUCGCAAACUCCGGGAUGUUGCAUCAGUCAAGGCUGGGUAUCUUCGACAACACCAUGGAGCUUCCAUAGGCCAAAUCGUUCUCAUCCAUUUUCAAACCCACCUUGAAAAUGUCAUCUGGUUUUGGGCUUGCAUUCUCGCAGGAUGCGUGCCGGCUAUGUCAACGCCGUUGGUGAAGAACAUCGAUGGACGGGCAUCUCAUCUCGCACAUAUCCAUCGACUACUUCUCGAUCCGCUGGUUAUCACAUCACCAAUACUGGUUGAAAGAGACUUUGGUGAUAACAACGUUCUAAACGUUGUGGCAGUUCAGACUGGCGAUCUUUCUGGAACUGAAGUUACCAUCUCGUUGCCGGCCAGCCGAAAUGAGAAUCCAAGACCCCUAUUUCGUGAGCCUGCCAACUCAGAUGUCAACACGCCUAAUGGAGGAGAACGACCAAGUACGUCGCUGAAAGAGGUUGCCGUGUUGAUGCUUACUUCAGGGAGCACUGGUGAUGCCAAAGCAGUGUGCUUGACACACAAACAGAUCUUGACGGCAUGCAAAGGCAAAUUAUCGCAUAUGCCAAUUCCUCAAAGUGCCACAGUACUGAAUUGGAUUGGUUUGGACCAUGUUGGUAGCUUGACAGAGCUUCAUAUCACUGCGAUGCUUGCGAACUGUGAUCAAGUUCACGUUCCGGCGACCGACUUAAUCGCGGACCCUCUCGCAUUUCUCCGCCUUUUAUCAACUCAUCGCGUUGCUCGAACUUUCGCUCCUAACUUCUUCCUACAUAAGCUUCAACAGAAGCUUGAUCUUGCUACAGCACAGGAAAUAGAAGGAGUUGACCUGCGGAAUCUGCUUUACCUUAUCUCUGGCGGAGAAUCGAAUAAUGUCGAUACAUGCGUCAAGUUAUCAAGGCAUCUACAAAGGCUGGGUGCAAUCAAGAGUAACAUCCUUACACCAGGCUUUGGUAUGACCGAAACGUGUGCCGGAUCUAUCUAUAGUCUCAGCUGUCCAGAGAUUGAUACAAGCGCUGGGACCGAAUUUGCAGCUCUCGGCACAUGUAUCCCUGGCAUUGAGAUGCGCGUCACAACUACUGCGUUGAACGCCAAUGAGGGUAGUCUUGAGGUUCGUGGUCCUGUAGUAUUCGAACGAUACUUCAACAAUGCAGAUGCUACUCGGGAAGCGUUCACGAAAGAUGGUUGGUUCCGCACGGGUGAUACAGCUACUAUCUCUGCUCAUGGAACAUUGCGACUUGUUGGAAGGUCGAAAGACGUUAUCAACAUCAACGGCAUUAAGUACCUUCCGCAUGAGUUGGAAAGUGCUAUCGAGCAAGCACAGAUAGCGGGUGUGGCACGCUCUUAUGUAACUUGCUUCGCUUAUCGUUCUAAAGGAGACAACAGUGAGCAAGUCUACGUCGUUUACCAAUUUGAAUACGACGCGUACGACACCGAAGCUCGCGCAAAUGCUCUGCAAGGUAUUAUUCGUACAGUGGCCUUGUUUUCGGGCGCUCGACCCCUAGUUUUACCUUUGAAGUUAGGGCGUCUUGAAAGGUCCACAUUAGGGAAAUUGUCUCGUGCAAAUGUCAAGGCAUUGUUGCUUCGGGGAGAUUAUCAAGACCAGAUCGACUUCGACUCCCAGAUGUUACAAGCUCAUCGAAUAAAGUACGCCGUUGAGCCAAGUACCCCGACGGAAAAAAGACUAAUGCAGGUGUUCCGGGACCUUGACCUUUAUUGCCCCGAUAUGAACAUCAACACGCCUAUUCUAGAUGUAGGGGUAAGCUCAGUGGAUCUAAUUCGACUGAAGCGAGCCGCGGAACAAGCAUUCCAGAUCAUUGAUAUCUCUAUUACCACAAUGAUUACAAACACGACAAUUCGCACACUCGCAAUGGCUAUUGAAGGUCUGCGAUUGUCCCAAGAUGGUGUCCACACUGAAUACGAUCCGGUUAUUACUCUGCAGCCAAACGGUGGAAAGACGCCGCUAUGGCUCAUACAUCCUGGUAUUGGGGAGAUUCUAGUGUUUCUUGGAUUGGUUAAAUAUUUCCCGGACCGUCCCAUCUAUGCUCUGCGUGCUCGCGGACUCAAUGAAGGAGAAAAGCCUUACACUGGACUGCAGGAGAUAAUUACAGCGUACCAUGCCGCGAUCAAAGACAAACAGCCCCAGGGGCCGUAUGCUAUUGCUGGAUAUUCGUAUGGAAGCAUGCUUGCAUUUGAAGUUGCCAAAUAUUUGGAAAAGAACGCAGACAAUGUCCAGUUUCUUGGCUCGUUCAAUCUGCCGCCUCAUAUCAAAACCCGAAUGCGGAGACUGGAUUGGACAGCAGGAAUGGUGCAUAUUGCGCACUUCUGUGGUAUUAUCACCGAACAGCGGUCCGAGGAGCUGAUCCACGAGCUACGCCACUUGUCACAUACUGAGCAAGUAACUAUGCUGCUCGCGGAGAGCGACCAGCAGCGGAGUAUGGACUUGGCGUUGACUCAUGCUGGGCUCCAAAACUGGACGGAGGUGUCGUGGUCACUUCAAAAGAUUGGCUGGGAAUAUGACCCUUCUGAAGAUGUGUCACAUAUGGAUAUCUUCUAUUGCCAACCGCUGAAAGAUGUGGCAAGUACGCGCGAGCAGUAUCGGAAAGACCAUCUGAACCACUGGGUUGGAUUUAUUCGUAACGACCUCAAGUUCUGGGAAGUAGAUGGACAGCAUUACACUAUGAUCGGCCCCGACCAUGUGCCCACUUUCCAAAAGACUUUAAAAAAGGCGCUCAGUGCACGAGGGUUGUAA